CCGGGCAUCAUGGGCUAUUAAGAAGGAUCGAAUCCCCUCGAGACAACCAUCCCCCCGAGCCGGCACGUUGUUUAUACCCGCUGCUCGGCCUGGAAAGCCGCCCAACGGCCUUCUUGCUCUGUUCAAACUUCACGGUUUUGACCUCAUGUUGCGACCGGAUUCGACAUGCUGAGCUACGCCAUUGAAAGGGGAAUUCAUGUCCUCUCAGAUUCCUCGCAGGCGGUUCGGGCAGCAUAACGUGAAAACAUAUUAGGUGCCUUUAUUUGUCGAGAGUUCGAGACGCCGACCCUCCAAUGCAAGGGUUUGUCCUGCGACUACCGCCGACUCGGCCGGCUGCUGUCUUCAACCCCGAUAUUGAAGACUGGCUUGAUUCCUUACCCGAACCUACAGCAAAGCCGUCGACGAGUGAGCUCAAAAAAUGGAGGCUCAGGGAUCCCACCGGUCUUGGGAGGGACUUCUUCGUCACUUGCCUCAUUACCAGGCUUAUAUCGCUUGCGGUGGCAACGACCGUGACCGCAAUUGUCCUUCCUAUAAUAGUAGGGAGGAGUAGAGCGGACUAUUCCAUUGAUUGCCUGCUACCGGUUUUAGUGUGUCCCAUCGUCGCCCUGUGGAAUAUAGCUGAGCUCAUUGCUGUAUGUCUCUUCCACUAUCGAGGGACCGGGGACAGAGGAAUUUCACCGAGCAUCCACGCAUGGGUUGACGGUCUUGUAUUUGUGGGAGUUGCCUCGGCGACUGGCCUACUAGUCGUGGAUGUCAUCAUUGGCGUCGGGAACUACGGGACCCGUUAUGACUCGUUGUCAAAGGAAAUCGCCAGCAUAACCUUAUUGGUAUUGUUGAUGAUUUUACACUCCUUCCUUCUUUUCUUCUUCAUAUGCAGCUGGAUAGACAGGCGACAGCAGAUGAAGGGGCGAAGGAUCUCCGACCUGCCGCUACAAACCAAAAACGCCACCGCACACCCGAACGCCGUGUGCCGGCCUGGGGCUCAGCCGGCCCUAGACUCGAGCCCCGUUGAUCCCAGUCUGAAUCAAACCCCCGUGGACGCCGCAAUUCCCACAUGAGCUCACGGCUACCCAAUGUUCCUCGAGUGCUUAAUCACCCAACUCGCCGCUCUUUCGAGCACCGACAGAGCUUAAGUCUGGAACAAACAAGCUAGAU